AUGAUUUCCUUCAAAUUUCUUCUGUUUGCAGCCUUGGUUGCUGUCACUCUCAGCCAUCAUAUACAUAGUAGAAGUCUAGUACAGGCUAGAGUUGGGCACAGCCACCAUCAUGAGGCACGUUCGCAUCGUGGAAGAGGAUUAGUUAGAGAAGACAGAUCCGAUUCUGAUGAAGGAAUAGAAGAAGAAGGAAGUGGUAGCCAAGUAAACUAUGACUCAGAAGAAGAGCAGGAGAGAAGGAGAGUUGUUAUCAAUUCUAGACGCAAUUCAAGAAAUGAUAAUAGCAGAGUAUCUGGGAAAGCUGUAAGAGUAGUCAAUGGCUUACGCAAUCUUAAACGAAAAGCAUUGUAUUCAAUCGGCUUCUUCAGUCAAGGAAUCAAAGGGGAUCACCGCGCUUCUUCUAUAUUCAAACAUCUUUCCACCAGACCUAAAGCAAGAAGUGUUGAAGACGUUUUAAACGUUUACCUUACUGGUGCGUUUGGAGCUGGUGAGAUAAUCGAUUCUUGGGUACCUGGAUUGGGCAGACUCUUCUCAUCGGUUGCUGUCGCGUCAGUCAAGAUCAAUUUCUGCUUGGGUGAUGGUAGAGCCACAGUCCGUUCUCGUCCUGGAACCAUCUGUAGCAACAAGUACGGUAGCAACUGGGGAUUCAAGGCUGAACGAGAGAUCUCCACUUAUAAUUCAGCUAGGGAUUAUAUCACCGCGUAUGGUCUUAACGAUGGUUUAGCUAAAUGCAAAAGACUGUUGAGUACCCACGCUAAAGUUGAAUUGUCUAGUCUAUCAGGCUCCCAGAGGAUAGUGGCACAAGCAAUAUUCGACUUAUUCCAAAACGAUAGAUUUAGCCAUAAUUAUUCCUGGUCCAAGAAGGAUGUUUCCUUUGUAUUCUCUAAAGUAAUCACCGUCGUGGCAGCUCUGGGUAGCAGUUACCACAAGAACGUUGGACCUAUCAUCGUUGAUGACCUUUGCGACUACAGCAGCGUGAUCGGCAACGACAACAAUGGUUUGAAGUUGUCUACGUUGAAGGCUGAAAUCAGAAAAGCUAUCGCAAAAGCUAACUCUAAUAGGUGGAAGAAUGUGAUCAAAGAAUGCUCUGAUGAUGAUUACCGUAAGAUAAUUCAAGUUCGUGAAGAUGAUGAUAGUGAAGAGUUAGAUUCUGGUCUCAAUACGUUACCUCAAAAUAAAAGACCAAACACAGAAGAUAAUGAAAAUGAUGAGAUAGAUAGUGAUACUGUUAGUGAUAGGGCAGAUGAUGAUAAUGAUGAUACAGUUGAUAUUGAUGAUGAGGAAAAUGUUAACGACUAUCGUAGAGUCAAAAUUGAGAAGAAAACACACAAAAUUGAUAGAAGAAACAACAAUAAAAAUAUUGACAUUAAUAAGAAGAAAAGAGUAAUUGAUGAUGACGACGAUGAAUACACUAAGAAGAGGAAUACCAAUUCGGAUAAAAUUCGUAAAGAAAAAAAGAAAAAUAUCCAUGUUUAUCGUAAAGAAAUUGAUAUUAGAGAUAUAAAUGACGAUAAGAAAAACAAUAAUAAUAGAAACCCGACACAAAAACCCUUAUCAUCAUUCAGAAUCUUCUGGAGAGGAAUUAAAAAAGACCACAGCGCAUCUAAGAUAUUUAAAAUCCUGUCAAAGAAGCCAAGACCUACCAAAUUUGGUGAUGUUCUGGACGUAUAUUUGACCGGUGCAUUUGGAGCGGGAGCUAUAAUUGAUUCCUGGGCGCCUGGAUCAAGACCUACCAAAUUUGGUGAUGUUCUGGACGUAUAUUUGACCGGUGCAUUUGGAGCGGGAGCUAUCAUUGAUUCCUGGGCGCCUGGAUAUGUAAAGAUUGUUAAAGAGGACGUUUAUAAACAAAACAAGGAAGAUAAGAUCAGCACCAACAAAAAAUCAACCGUUGACGAAGAAGUCAUUGAAAAGAAAGUUGGACUUGAAAUCAAUAAAAACACCGACAGUAAGAUUCAACGGAGACCCUUGUUUUCAUUCAACAUCUUCUGGAGAGGAAUUAAAAAAGACCACGGCGCCUCUUCCAUAUUUAGAAGUCUGUCCAGGAAACCAAAACCUACCAACCUCGGUGACGUUCUGGACGUAUAUCUAACCGGUGCAUUUGGUGCGGGAGCCAUAAUUGAUUCUUGGGCGCCUGGAUUGGGCAAACUCUUCUCAUCGCUUGCUAUUGUGUCAGCCAAGAUUAACUACUGUUCAAACAAUGCUCCGUUCAAAGUACCUUCCAAUCGCCUUGGAUCCAUUUGUACUGAAAAUUAUGGCAGCAACUGGGGAUUCAAGCCAGAUCGAGAACUUCUUACUUCCAAUAAACCUAGGGAUUACAUCAUCGCAUACGGUCUUGAUAAUGGUUUAGAUAAAUUCAGAACAUUGCUGAAGACCCACGUGAAGGCUGAUCUCUCAAGUCUAUCAGGCUCACAGAAGAUAGUUGCAGAAGCAAUCUACGAUUCUUUGCAAAACGGAAGAUUUAACGAUGACUACUCUUGGUCUAAAAAGGACGUGUCUUUUGUUUUCUCUAAAGUGAUCACCGUCGUAGCUGCUCUGGGCAGUAGUUACCAUAAGAACGUUGGGUCCACCAUCGUCGACAAUCUAUGUGACUACAGUAGCGAAAUCGGCAGCGAGUCCAAUGGCUUGGAAUUAAUCUCUCUGAAGAGUAAAAUCAAGGAAGCUAUCGUCAGUGCUAACUCUCACAGAUGGCAACAAGUGAUAACGGAAUGCUCGGAUGAUCAAUACGAAAAGAUUGUUCAGAAUCAAGAUAAGGAUGGCGACGAUGAUGAUGAAAAUGACUAUAACAUUUUCACUCAAGAAGAACCAAGUAGAGAUGGGGAUAAUGAUAAAACUGAUAUAAAGUCAGAUGUAAAAAAUGAUAAGAAAAAAGAUGUAAACAAUGAAAAGAAUAUAGAUGUGGAAAGUGACAAGACAGGCAGUAAUAAAAAGGACAAAGAUAACAACUUAGGUCUUAAAAAAGAGUUAUCCGUGGACAAUAAUACAAUCGAAAAGAAAGUAAAGAUUGAAAACAAGAUAACAAAAGAAAACCAAGUAGCCCUGUCUUCAUUCGGUAUCUUCUGGCAAAGAAUCAAAGAGGGCCACCGUGCUUCAACCAUAUUUAAAACCCUGUCAACUAGAACCAAAUCUACGAAAGUCAGUGAUGUUUUAGAUGUAUAUCUAACUGGUACAUUUGGUGCGGGAGCCAUAAUUGAUUCCUGGGUACCUGGAUUGGGCAAACUUUUCUCGUCACUUGUUCUUGCUUCGACCAAAAUCAACUACUGUUUAAAGAAUUGCGCGUUCAGGGAUCUUUCAAGCAAGCUUGAAUCCAUCUGUAGUAAUAAAUAUGGCAGCGAUUGGGGAUUCAAGGUUGAAAGCGAUAUAUCUUCUUAUAAUGAUGUCAGUGAUUAUAUCACCGCUUACGGUCUUAAAGAUGGCUUAGCCACAUUCAAGAGGCUCCUUCAAACACACACCAAGACUGAUCUGUCAGGUCUAGUAGGCUCUCAGAAGGUCGUUGCUCAAGCAAUAUUUGACAUCGUCGACAAUGGCAGAUUUAGCACUGAUUAUUCUUGGAGCAAGAAAGACGUAACUUUUGUCUUCUCGAAAGUGAUCACCGUUUUGGGAGCUUUGGGCAGCAGUUACGAUUCUAAAUUUGGAUCUUCUCUGGUCGAUGAGCUAUUAGACUACAGCAACGACAUCGGAAACGACAAUAAUGGCUUGGUUUUGAUAGAUCUGCGGCAGAAAAUAAAGGAAUCCAUCACAUCCUGCCAGUCUCAUAAUUGGAAUAACGUCAUUACCAUCAGUUCUAAUGAGAAAAUUAGUAAGAGAUCUCAUGAGGAAACUAAGGACUCAUCAAAUAUAUCUACCAAAGACAAGACCUCUAGAGGGACAGACUUUAACGGCUCAGAGGACAAUAGCAACACUGACUCGAUAAAAACUUCUGGUAAACGAUUAUCUUCUUUCGAACAAAGCCGCCAGACGAGAGCUGAAUCAGCCUCCCAAAAUGAAUCAGCAUAUAGUAGAUCAAUAAAAAAGAAUGGUUCUGAAGAAAAGGCGUCCGGAAUCCAAGGUCAUCGACAGUCUAAUCAAAGUGAAAAUAAGAAUUAUGAAAGUGGUACCCGGAACGAAAAUGGAUCGGGAACCUAUGAAAAGAAAAGUUCAAAUUACAAUGCAUCCAACGAUGACUCUUUUAAAAACGAACACAAAUCAGUAAGGAACAGUGAUGGGUCUGAAUUUGAAAAUGAAUCUAACAGCUAUUCUUCCCACUCUUCUUCCAGCUCCAGUAACUCGGAAUCCGAAAAAUCUUAUUAUUAA